AUGGCUGGUAAGCGGAAGAAGACCCACUGGGCUGUCCGUCGCAAAAAUAAGCAAGCGCGUCGUGAGAAAGAUGACGAUCAGAAGAAUCAGGAUUCACAUUUUAAUCGUCGCACCAGUCGCCCUGACGUCAUUCAUCCGGGAUCGUACGCAUCAAAGCGCGAGAACUCUAAGAAUCCAGUGGUGGAUGCGACUUCGCUGCCACCCAAACGCCGCUACGGAAUAUGGGUGGCUUUUUGCGGCAAAAACUACAGUGGCAUGCAAAUGAAUGAGGGUGUCAAAACGAUUGAGGCGGAGCUAGAGCGUGCAUUAUUUGAAGCUGGUGGCAUCUCUGAGAACAACUAUGGCUUUUUGCAAAAAAUUGGUUGGAGUCGCGCAGCCCGCACUGACAAAGGAGUUCACGCCGCCGGUCAAUUAAUAGCAGUAAAACUUCAUGUAGGUAACGACAUUGCUGCCUUCGUCGCUCGAGUUAAUGCUGCGUUGCCUGAGGACAUUCGUGUAAUGCAAAUGGUCACUGUACCCAAAAACUUCAAUGCCAAGAUGUCAUGCGACCAACGCAUAUACGAGUAUCUCGCUCCCACAUUCAUCUUUGGUGAACGUUCCUUUACUGCCUCGAACGGUGCAGCAAAAAAUAUUCUGGCUGAAAGGACGACUCAGUGGGCGUCGGACUCUGAGGCAAUUUUUGAUGAUACGGUUACGAUUGACAAAAAGACGCUAGAAGCUCAAAAAGCCUUUCGACUCAGUAGCGAGAUGCUUCAGCGCCUGAGAGAGAUUCUUCAGCAAUAUGUCGGCACGCACAAUUUUCAUAAUUUUACAUCCAAAAUGGAGCCUACUAACCCUCAGGCAAAUCGCUACAUCAUUUCAUUCGAGGCUGAGAAUCCAUUCGUGCAAAAUGACAUGGAGUGGGUACGUCUGCGUGUAGUUGGACAGAGUUUCUUACUGCAUCACAUUCGCAAGAUGAUUGGAACUGCGGUGGAGAUUAUGUCGUGUGUGGCAGACUCUUCGACUAUUGAACGUGCCUUGCAGCCGACAAAAAUGGAUUUGCCUAAGGCACCUGGGGUCGGACUUUACUUAGCACAAGCUUGCUUUGAGGUGCACAACCUAAAGAUGACAGAAUUGAUCGAGACAUCGCAUCCACCUCUUGAUUUAAAGGAACCCGCUGUUGCUGCUGCAGUCGAGCAAUUUAAACGGGGCUUUAUUUUCGAUUACAUCAUCAAACAUGAAGAAAGCACCCGCACAUAUGCAAAAUGGCUACGUAUUAUGGAAUUGUUACCAUUUUCUUAUGUUCCAAAGCCAUAUCUAAUAUGGAAGAAGGAAAAAGAAGAUGAAGCUUUACGCACUGAUCGAGCUGGCAAACGCGAAUUGGCUAAAGCUUCUCUUUUAUGUAUUGAUGCUUCGGCAUCUAAAAGUGCAACAACGCUAGCUGUUGAAGGAUUGCUGGCACUUACGUGUAAAUUUCUCGGCAUGCAAGAUCCUUCCGAGUUAACAGAUACAGCACUGAAGCUAUCUCAAGUAAUUGAACGGGAAGCCAAACGACGUUCUGGUCAUUACAGCUCAAAACUCUUCCAUGUUCAGACACGCUUUUCGUCAUUCUCACGACAGAAAACAGAUAUACCACUCAAAGCUCAGCAAAUGCAGCGAAGCUAUCGCAGUCGCCGAUCGAUGUCCGUGACUCCAGCACCAGAGCUUGCUACCAUUUCAGCGGUAUCUAAUAGCUGCAAUCCACAAGUUGUUGACCUGAGUGUACCUAAAAAAGCAGUGACACGCCGAAUUUCCAAAGUUAUUCCACAGUUAAAGCCGGACGACAAUGAUGAACCCGUUGGCUGCAUGAACAAAAUUUGGGUAUUUUUCGAAGAUCCCCAGUCUUCCACACCAGCAUAUUAUUUCUCGCUGUGUAUAUAUGGAUUCAUUAUCCUCUCUACAUUUGUCUUUAUUGCUGAAACAGAGGCAGUGUUUGACUCUUACUUGGUAGUACUGACGGCAUUAGAGGCACUUUGCGCUGGUGUCUUCUCUUUUGAGCUUAUUGCACGCUUUCUCGUAUGCCCCAACAAAUUGAUCUUCAUACAAAACUUCUCAAAUUGGGUUGACUUUGUGGCGGUCUUUCCAUAUUAUUUAGAAUCCCUUCUGGCUGUAGACAAUGCCGGAUCUUUGGGUGCCAUUCGAAUUGUUCGGCUAACGCGAGUAGCACGCGUUCUGAAAAUGUCACGUUACUCAUCGGCAAUUCAGGUUUUUACUCAAGCUGUGGCCAUCAGCUUUAAACCGCUGACCAUGCUGAUCUUUCUUAUGUCAAUUGCCAUGAUCAUUUUUUCCUCAGCUAUUUAUUUUGCUGAGUACACUGCCGAUGGCUGCCGUGCAGAAGGAUGGAUGGGAAAUUGUGAAGUAAAUUCUUCAGGAGAACUCAGCACAACAGACAUUGUGUAUUCUGUAUCUGCCGCUGCAGCUGUGGCAUCAGUUUCGGCGAGUCAUGGCUGCGUUUGCGUCGAUCCGAAUCCGUAUCAAGGCAUCGCAACGUCGUUCUGGUGGUGCAUCGUGACAAUGUCUACAGUUGGUUACGGAGACAUGACCCCGGUUACGCUGCUUGGCAAGAUUGUUGGUUGCUGUACUGUUCUUACAGGUAUGCUCGUACUUGCCCUGCCCAUCACAGUGAUUGGAACGAAUUUUCAAAAAGUUAUGAAAUCAUUUAUGCACGAAACGAUGAUGAGCAACGUGGAUUAUCUCAAAGGAAAGCGCAUGAUCUGCCGAAACGAAAUAGAAGCUAUUCUUGGGAGGUUUCAUGCAGUGACUGAAGGAAUUCAUCUCGACAUUGACGACAUUAUUAACGUGUACGAUAAAGAUAAUAGUGGCAUGCUUGAAGACGAUGAAUUGGCUAAAUUUCGUAAUGAUCUUGAAGUCUUGCAAAAUCGGGCCUUUACCAAUCAAUUAGUUGUACCCGGUAUUGGUCUUCGUUCACCCUCCAUUAGUCCAAGUCGUCGCACGGCCUCAUUUACUGAUUUCUUAUCCCAAAGUAAGGCUACGCGUUUAAAUAGCAUAGGUCGUCGACGCAAUAUGAGCACUUCAACUGUGCAACAAUCAUCGGCCGCUGUAAUGGGCUCAUGCCCCGACAUAAGAUCAAUUAAUCCGACUCCUGCCAUAAUCUCGGCUUCGCUCCUUGGGCCGAAUGAUGAUACAGCAGGUCUAACAGGCAUUAAGAAUAUAUCUACGUUUAGCAGCAGUUCCCAUCACGGAAUGCUGGACAACGAGCUACUGCUUCGGCUGCUGGAUAUGCAGGAUAUGUUUCAGGAACGUCUUGUUGAAACAGAGCAGCGCCUUGAAGCUAAGAUGAACAACAUUACGAAAGUGCUGAUGCGCCUUGAAGGCAUGAUGGAGAUUGACAGAUAA